UCUAUCAAGUUUAUCAUGGAAGAAAAACCUCGUAUGUUUGGUGCAUUGACCGUGUACAGGGAACGAGGGGCGUAUUUACGACGAUUGGAACAAUUUGAUAAAGCGAAAGCUUCUUACGAUGAAGCGUACAACAAUGCUCCUCAAGACGUGCGGUUGCUCAUCGGUCGCAGCCAAGUGUGCUCCGAUGCCGUCCAGCCCAUUCAGGCCUACACCGACGCACAAAUUGCAUUAAAAUUAGAGCCACGAAAUAUGGUGGCUCGCAAUAUGCAAGCUCGGGCUAUGUAUACGAUGUCUGAUUUUGAGAGAUCAGUAGUUAUGAAUUAUCGUGGCUCCAGACUCCGUCGGUACCCACCCUACUUUAUUGAAGGCAUAAAUCAAGGAGUAGAAACAAUACAAGAUUGCAUAGGUUUGAAUGCUGGUAAUGUAAUGGUUGAUUUUUUGCCGAUAAUCAAACGAUCCGCUGUAGCAGUAUUCGACGAAGAUGAGCCACAAAUACAGUCUCAUGUUUCUCGUAUUCCACGUCAAGAAAAAAAACGUAAGUUAACCCAAAUGGAAGCUCGAAAACACGCCAUUUUGGCGCGUGUUCUCGCAAUGAAGUAUUUAGGGCCCAUGGCAUACGACAAAUUUUUUCUCCAAGACCUCAAAGAUGAUGCGAGACUACAGUCCGCUAAUUCCAGGGGUAGCAAAGAAUUAAAAACAAUGGUGGAUAAAACGCUUAACACAUUAAGCGAGCGGCAAGAAAUGCUAAGAUCACAAAAACCUUAUUAUACGAUAAAACUAGCAGAAAAAGCUAUAUCAAAACAUCAAAUUCAGUAUAAAGAAGCUGUACUCGCAAAAGAACGAGAAAUUGGGGCGCACGAAGCUGAACGUCUGUUAAAACAUAUCGAAGAUAACUUAAAUAAUAAACGUAUUGUGAAUGUAAUAUCUUAUGCAGAACGAUUACAAACCUUUUUAGAUACAAAAACUCCUCGCAAUUUGCCAGAUAAACAGAGCUUUAUUGAACGGCUAUACAGGGCAGUGGGAGAGGCCUACUUGUGUCAACAUCGACUCUCUUACAGACUUAGCGAACGAGGGAAUAGACGGCGCAUCGCAUUCUUAAUGGGACUUCCCGUCGGCCGACCGAAAUCUUUUGACUCUGUUCUCGCAAACUAUCCUCAAAAAUUUAUUGAUGUCCAAAAAGCUACGAGUAAAGUGGCAUCGCUAUUAGAGAUGUGUGAAAAUUCUACCAUGAAAUGUUGGUUAUUGUACGAAAUGGCUCGACUGCAAUCCGCUCAAAAGAAUCACCCGCUGGCUAAGUUUUAUGCGAAACGUUGUCAACGUGAAGCACAAGAAAUUUCCAAUGCGACUUGGUGGCUGAAUGGUUUGUUUGUCUUAAUGAGUAGUGACAUGAAACAAGGAAAUGCCAACGAAGUACGAAUACAAGUCGAAGAAGCUAUCGAAUAUUCCAAAAAACUACAAGAUCCAGAAGAUGUAGUAGCGUUCCUUAGGAAAUGUAGUGAAAUGAUGGCCGAUGUAGGUGCGGCGGACGAUCGGAAAGCAAUGCAGCAAAGAGAAAAAGAAAUAUUGGGCGUCAUGGAUGAAACUAACCGUGUCAACACGGAGGUGUUGUUCAAACGAAUUUCAAAUGUUCCGCCGGGUAGGAGAUUUACUGUUUUGCCACAAACACAGACGGAAUCAGAGCGUCAGCAGUCAGUACGUACCCGGUUACGUCAAAAGGGGCUAACUGUGUUACCAGGACAUGAAAAGGCUUUACCGCCUCCACCAAAAUCUGAUACGAAAGGUUUUCAAGUAUUUGAUUUAUAA